GAAAUGAGACACUCCCCGGUUUUACCAUUAAAAAGUGCAAAGUUAAAAUCAGAUUAUAGCACUGUCUGCCCUAGGUAUAUAUAGCCGGUCUGUUAAAAUAUCAGAGAGAGAAAAGAAAUAUGGAGAAUUCUCAACUUUGCAAGCUCUUUAUCGGCGGGUUGAACGUGCAGACGACGGACGAGGGACUGCGACAGCACUUCGAGCAGUAUGGGGAGCUAACCGACUGCGUUGUUGUGCAUUACCCGCAGACCAAUAGAUCCCGUUGCUUCGGGUUUGUGACCUACUCGACUGCGGAGGAGGCUGAUGCAGCAAUGGCGGGUAGGCCUCAUACUGUAGACGGCAACAACGUGGAGCUGAAGAGAGCCGUGCCUCGGGAGGACGCCGGCAAACCCGAGGCCCUCGCCAAAGUGAAGAAAAUCUUCAUCGGCGGCCUGAAAGACGACGUGGAGGAUAAACACCUAGUAGAUUACUUCUCCCAAUUCGGUACACUGGAGAAGGCAGAAGUGGUCACUGAUAAGCAGACGGGCAAUAAGCGAGGCUUCGGCUUUGUGUACUUUGAAGACAACGACUCUGCCGACAAGGCCGUGGUGCUCAAGUACCACACCAUCAACGGGCACAAAGUGGAGGUGAAGAAGGCCCUCUCCAGGCAGGAGAUGCAGGCCGGCGGCGGCAGGAGAAGCCGGGGCAGAGGAGGGCGCGGAGGCGGAGGAGGUCAAAAUGGCUACGGCGGUAGAUACAACAGCUAUGGUGCUGGCUACGGGGGCAAUGAUGGCCGUUAUGGCGGUGGUUACGGGGACAAUUCUGACUCUUACGGUGGAGGUUACGGGAACGAAGGUGGCUACGGGAUCACUGGAGGCUACGAGGGCGGCGGCGGCUACGGCGAACAUACGGAUGACUAUGGCUACGGAAACGGCUAUAGUGACUUUGGCAGUAGCUACGGCCAGCAGCCCUCCGGCUACGGGGCGAUGAAAGGCAGUAACUACUCUGGUAGAAGCAGCGCCCCUUACUCCAGAGGUAGUGGGGACUAUGGGGGUUCCUAUUAAUCCGGCCCUCGUGUGUGUCAGAUAAAGACAAUAUGCAAGGGUAAUGGGGAGCAGGGAAACAAGGACUGGAAUUUAUUAAACAUUUUUAUAGAAUUGUUACUGUGUUGAUUUUUUUUUUUUUUUUUUACUGUAGAUAGUCUGUACAGAAUUUAUAUGAGACUGAAUACAUACAAAAUGCAGAGUUUUUUUUUUAUUGUUUGUUUGUUUUUUCCCCCCAUGACUUGCAUAAACAGUAAAUGGAU